GAUCUACCCACAAUCAGAAAAUGUCACUGCAGAUGAUAACAAUCAGUAAUAAUAUAGCCUUAAUUCAACCAGGCUUCUCACUGAUGAAUUUUGAUGGACAAAUUUUCUUCUUUGGCCAGAAAGGCUGGCCUAAGAGAUCCUGCCCUACUGGAGUUUUCCAUUUUGACAUAAAGCAUAACCAUCUCAAACUGAAGCCUGCAAUUUUCUCUAAGGAUUCCUGCUACCUUCCUCCUCUUCGUUACCCAGCCAUCUGCACAUUCAAAGGAAGCUUGGAGUCUGAAAGGCAAUAUAUCAUUCACGGAGGGAAAACACCAAACAAUGAGCUUUCAGAUAAGAUUUAUUUCAUGUCUGUUGUUUGCAAGAACAACAAAAAAGUUACUUUCCGCUGCACAGAGAAAGACUUGGUGGGAGAUGUUCCUGAAGCCAGAUAUGGUCAUUCCAUUGACAUGGUAUAUAGUCGAGGCAAAAGCAUGGGUGUUCUCUUUGGAGGACGCUCAUACAUGCCUUCCACCCAAAGAACCACAGAAAAAUGGAAUAGUGUAACUGACUGCCUUCCCCAUAUUUACUUGGUGGAUUUUGAAUUUGGAUGUGCUACAUCAUACAUUCUUCCAGAACUUCAGGAUGGGCUGUCUUUUCAUGUCUCUAUUGCCAAAAAUGAUACCAUUUAUAUCUUAGGAGGACAUUCUCUUGCCAAUAACAUCCGCCCUGCCAACCUGUACAGAAUAAAGGUUGAUCUUCCCUUAGGUAGCCCAGCUGUGAAUUGCACAGUCUUGCCGGGAGGAAUCUCUGUCUCCAGUGCAAUUCUGACUCAAAUUAACAGUGACGAAUUCGUUAUUGUUGGUGGCUAUCAGUUUGAAAAUCAAAAGAGAAUGGUCUGCAACAUUAUCUCUUUAGAGGAUAGCAAGAUAGAGAUUCGUGAGAUGGAGACCCCAGAUUGGACCUCAGAUAUUAAGCACAGCAAGAUAUGGUUUGGAAGUAACAUGGGAAACGGGACAGUUUUCCUUGGCAUACCAGGAGACAAUAAACAGGCUGUUUCUGAUGCAUUCUAUUUUUAUAUGUUAAGAUGCUCUGAAGAUGAUGUGAAUGAAGAUCAGAAAACAUUCACAAACAGUCAGACAUCAACAGAAGAUCCAGGAGACUCCACUCCCUUUGAAGAUUCAGAAGAAUUUUGUUUCAGUGCAGAAGCAAAUAGCUUUGAUGGUGAUGAUGAAUUUGACACCUAUAAUGAAGAUGACGAGGAAGAUGAGUCUGUGACAGGCUACUGGAUAACAUGCUGUCCUACUUGUAAUGUGGAUAUCAACACGUGGGUACCAUUUUAUUCAACUGAGCUCAACAAACCUGCCAUGAUCUACUGUUCUCAUGGAGAUGGGCACUGGGUCCAUGCCCAGUGCAUGGAUCUGGCAGAACGUACACUCAUCCAUCUGUCAGAAGGAAGCAGUAAGUAUUACUGCAAUGAGCAUGUGGAGAUUGCAAGAGCUCUACAAACUCCUAAAAGAGCCCUACCCUUACAAAAGCCUCCAAUGAAAUCUCUCCGCAAAAAAGGUUCUGGGAAAGUUUUGACUCCUGCCAAGAAAUCUUUCCUUAGAAGGUUGUUUGAUUAGAUUUCGGGGAAGGGGAGACCUUUAAGAUUCAAGUACAUUUGUUGCAUUUAUUUUAACAAUGAGAAAAAUAUUUCAAUUUUAAUUGAAAAUGCUUAUUUUCUUUUAGACUAUGUGAGUUGUUAGAGGUUUAACACAAUGCUAAAUACUGUUCUUCCAAAUCCUAAAAAUUUUUAAAAUAUUUGACUCAAAAUAUCUGAAAUGAGAAUUUUUAUCUGAUAUUUUCACUCAAGAAAUAUUAAACACAAAACAAUAGUGAUGAUCAAAGUAUGUUUAUAUUCCUUGUAUUAUUUUUGGUAACAACCUAGAGAGUAGUUGAGAUAUCCUUAACCAAUAAAGAAACUAAUAAACAAAAGAUUAAAUUAAUUAUUUUGUGCAAGGUAUCAAUUUGGGAAUUAAAACCUAGAUCAAUUAUUUCCCACACUAUUGCUCUUCAUACGCCUUUAAGCAGCCCCUUGGAUUAUGCCCAUGAACAGAAUGUCUUAGGUAGUCUUAUAAUUUUCACUGACAUGCAGGAAGAAAUCAUUUCAAAUUUGUUAUAUUCCCUUGAAGCAUCUGCACGCACUUUCUUCAAAGAUCUCCCUCCCUGUUAUUUGAUACAUUGAUGAUGUGUCAAAUGCACUUAUUGUACCAUGUAUUUGAAGGCAUAUUCACCAGAAAAAAAACAAAUCCUCUAUUACUAGGAUCCUGGGAAAAGAGGGGAAUGAGAAUACAUUCAUAAGUGACCACCAAAUACAUAUCAUGGAGAAUAAUAAUAUUGUUUCCCAAAAUAAUGAAAGUUUUAAGCAUUUUAUGAAGUUAACAGGAAGUAGAUUGCAAACCGGUAAAAAGAAAUCUGUGCAAGUGUGUGCCUAGUAAACUUGUGGAGUUUGCUCUCCUUAAAUAUUAUAAAAUCUGAGAACUUGACCAAAUUUCAAUAAAGUUAAAAAGACUGUUAAUUAUGACUCUUCGAGACAUCAAUUGGUAACGAAUUUAGAAACAAAUGUUUUCCCCCUAGAAUAUUUUUCUGGAAAAGCAUUUAACCUCAUCUUAAGAUCUUCAGCUUUAGUCUUGUAUUCAUCAUUCUUCAGAAUCCACAGUUCUUAAGGUAAUAUUUUCCAAACAUGAACUAUACAGGAGAUGAAGUUCUGUUAAUACUUGCAUGUCUCAGAUACUGGAAUUAACUUUAAUAAACCAAAUCAUGUUCAUUUUCUUUCAGUAAUGUUGCUUGAUGAA